GACGAACAUCAAUCGGGUCUCGGGUCAUCCGACUACACCCUUUCGUGACAUUCUCUUGGGGAAGCUGACGACUACUCAUCCGUCACUGCUCUUUACUUUUUUGAUCAUUACUUGAAAACGAGGUAACUAGACGAAAAAAGAAUAUAUCAACCGAUCGGACAGUGGGGACGAGAGCAGGAAACAAGGGGUGAAAAGGAAGAACGACAACGCUCUAUUGCCGUCUUCUACCCUUCCUUUCACCCUCUUUUUCGAAACCUUUCCACCUUCUUCCACAUAAUGUUUCUACCGCUGAGACUAAAUGAACGAGAUCGCGAUAGGGACCGGGAGAGAAAGACUUCUUCAUCUUCGACCCUUUCAUCCAAAUCCAUACCACGCAAGAAUCGCUCGUCCCACGGACAGACCUCCCGCACUUCAACCAAGGAACGCGACCCCGACACUCCCACGGGCCGCGCCUCAACCCCUUCCACAUCUACUUCCAAUUCCCGCAAAAAGCGCCGCUCCUCCAUGCCUGGGGUCGACAGCGCCAGCCACUCGGGCACAGCCUCGUUCCUCGAGUCGAGGACCAGCCUCCCAUAUCCGACCUUCUCCAAAGCCCACAGCAAAGAAGUCAUCAGCAAACCGAACAUCCCUACACCAGACCCGACCGAUCUGACCGAGGGAGGUAAAGAAGGUAGCAAUGGAGAUGCGAAGACCCGUGCCGAGAAUAACAACCAAGCGCCCCCCAGCCCGCCGCUGACAAGCGUGGACCAGCAAUCACACAAGGCAAGCACUAUUGGUAGUAAAGAAGAGAAAGGAGCGGAGGAGAAGCCAGAGAAGCCGAAAACCAAGAUUCGGAUUCGAGCAGAGUCCACGCGGUCAUCCUCGAGUCUGCGGUCGAAGAAGGAUGACAGUUCCAAAACGAGCAAGCCAACACGGUCGGAGACGGUAAAACCGAAGCGCUCCAGCUAUGAGUCUGAUUUGCCCUCACGGACGGCCAGUCGCAAUUCGACCCGGUCAAAGAUUGUCGAGGAAACGGCUUCCCCCAAGCGGUCAUCCACUCAUGCCACUCCCCCUCGCUCCCCUGCGACAGUGCGCGACGUUGGUCCGGACUCAGCAAAUGGAUCGGACGCAACCAUUGCGCCGCCUCAUCAGUCUACAGCUUCUCGCAAGCCGAAGAGUCCAGAGAAGCCGCCAUCGCGCAAUCAGACCCGAUCGUCGGCCUCCUCUCGCCCGAGCUUUGGGGCUCGUACACCGGUUGACGCUGCCUAUGAUUAUGGACGACCACCCACAGCGAGCUCUGCCUACGGUGCUCCACCACCGCCACCUCCUCCUCCCGAAGUUCCUGUCUCGAUUCCAAAAGUGGACUAUCUUCUACAGAAUGGUGGGCUAGACCAUCGUGUUCCGAAGUCUAUGCUCGGCCCUUCUGUUCCCGAGGGUUCGCCGUAUGCGCCAUCGCCUUCUCAAUCCGCAGCAACCAAGAUUUUUGAACCGUUCAACAGACUUCUCGAGGAUUACAAUAAUGUAAUGGCCAAGAACGGGUCGCUAGCGGUUGCCACGGGGUAUCGGUCUGUCGCGCGGCGCCUGCUCGAUCGCUUGGAAGCGGUGUUUGCCCGUGACAUUUCAUGCGAGUACUGCAGUUGUCUGAUGUGUGAGCAUGAGACAAUGGAAGAGCGUCCAUCAGGCGUCAGCUGGGGUGAGGUAUUGGAGCUUGUCUCGGGUCGUCGUGAACUUCCCAGCUGGCCGGCUUUCAUAUUGAACCCAGCUGUGGUUGACGCGAACUGGUCUGGGGAGGAACAUAUUCCCAUGCAAAAGCUGGACAUUGAUGUGCCGGAGGAGUAUCGCGACCACUUUAUUCGUCAGUCGCGCAAGACGAAGGUUGCGGUGGACAAGUGGCUCAACGAGCAGUCCGGUCAGGCUACGAGCGCACCUGAGGAGGUAGAUGACGAAACCCUGACCUUUGCCAUCUUAACCCAUCUCGGACCUCACGAACGUCAACUAUUCUCCGCUCUUCUCGGCCUCGGCUCUACAGUGCCUACACCGCGACCGGAGGGACCACCGCGGCCCCGACCCGCACCCUUGGUGUCAUCGUCGCUCGCCAUCCAGCGACUGUACCGAUUGACCUCCGCUCCGCGCGAUCCAGAAGCUGCCAUCUACAUGCUGAACAAUCCCGGCAUGCACCAUGUUCUCGCCACUCUGGCAGCAAUCAGUGACGACGAGUGGGACAUUCUGAUCUCGGGUCGGUUUGAUGGUUUUCUGCGGAGUGGUGCUGAAGACACCUUCCCCGGCGCACCAGGCUCCACCCCACCACGUUAUAGCUACAGUCGAUCCAACACUCCAUUCACCACCGGCGGGAUCUCGCGCGGUCCGACACCAAACCCAAUUGACGGGGGAAUCCGACCCGCUAGUCAGCCAUAUGGCCCAUCUCCCUCGCCUGCCCCAGCUUCAUUUGGUGGCCCGAUCGCCCUGGACGAGGAAAUGGAAAUCGCAGCUCUGGCGGAGAUUGAGAGAGACAUCUACCUCGGUAUGGAAGCACUUGAAGAUGCUUUUGAGGCCCUUCACUGCAAGGCAGAGGUGGUGCGGCGCGCGCUCCGCGAACGUGGCGCAGGGCUGUCGAUUGCAAAUCAGAACCGUCGCGGUUCUUACGUGGAGGCUCGCCUGGGGACGCCAGCCUCCGGCUUAGGUGUAUGGGAUGAUGGGGCAGACGACGACUUCUUAGACGACGCCGUGUCGUUGGCCCCAGAUGACUCGGCCAGCAACAUCAGCUCCAACCGCCGGCGCCGUCCAAAGCGUCGCACUGAACGACGAACACCUGCUCCUGUCGAAGAGGAAGACGAGGAAGAAGUAUACGACAGCCGACGGGGCUGCCGGAGAAGAUAAUUCAUCAAAGGAACUAUUCCUUGACGGCGGCCAACUACCUUCAACUCAUAUACAAAAACAACACGAAUAACGCAACCGCAUCCGCAUGGUCUCUUUAUUUCAGUUUCAUUUCAUUCAGCGUCAUACACGACAUCUAAACGA